GACGUUUGCCGUAACGUACUUUUUCAAUGUCUGUUUUCUAGGUGCGUGAGACGCCCGCUAUCGUGCGCUUGGUGCCGGUUUUUCGUGAUCAAACAAAGCAUUUACACGUGAUUUUGAGUGUUGCGGGCGGGUUAUUCCAUUGUAUUGCGAGUGUUUCAACUGCCUAUCAAGAGCUGUAUUCCUGUCCGAGUAGAAAAUAACACCCACCAGAAGCGGAACGGAGCAAAACACACAUCAGCAUGAUGGAGUCAGCAACAACCAUUACGGAUGACGAUCCAUUUCAAAAAAUACAUUCACAGAUGCAAAUUAUCUGCACCGCCGGCUUUAAUCGUAUGUACGCACUGUGGAGCGAAAUGUUCGACAAAAACCUCUGUCUGGAUUACACCGAACGCCUGCCGGACCAUAUGACGACGUUUUUCGAGGAAGUGUACGAAGAAAGCUUCCAGCGAAAGCAACGCUUCGUGGUGGAAAUUGCACAGCUCAAGCAGGAAGCACUAACCUUGCAACGUUUGCUCGGUGAGCAGCAUCCAUGUUUGCCGCCCGGCUCCGAAACGAAACCACUGCUUGAACAACGCUCCGCACUGGAUGCGAGCCUCGAGCAGAUGAGACAGAAGCUGAACAAAAGGCACGAAAUUAUAGAUGAAUAUAUGCUCGAGAUGGAAACGUUGUGUGAAGAACUUAGCGAAGAGCCACAAACACUGUCGAAAGAUCCGCUACCAACGGAGCAAGAGCUGACCGAGUUUCGCUCGCUGUUGGACCAUCUGAUGGCGGAAAAGAUGCAGCGUUUGGACGAAAUUUCAAACCUUCGGCGAGAAACGAAGCAGCUCAUGAGCAACCUGGAAACGAUCCCGCUUACCGACGAGCAGCAGCGUCUGCUGAAUGCGCGCAACUUCCCACCGACGCGCGCCAACAUGCACGGGCUGCGGAUGCUGCACGAGGAAACGGUGGCUCAGUACGAGAGCCUCAAGCAGCACAUUGACGAUGUGCGCCGGAAGCUGGAACGAUUGUGGCACUGUCUCGAAACCGAUCCGGCCGUGGUGCGAAAGUUUGGCAAGCUAACCUCCUACACACAGACCACCUUCGACCGGCUCUUUGCCGAGCACGAUCGGUGCGAAACGUUGCGGCGUGAAAAUAUGAAAUCGUUCGUAGAGCGUACCCGGCACGAAAUCACCGAAUGGUGGGAACGGUGCAUGAAAUCGGCCGACGAACGGGCCCGCUUCAGCACCUUUCACUCGGAAGAUUUCAACGAAGAUAUGCUAAAGUUGCACGAGCUCGAGCUGGAAAGCUUGAAGGCGUUCUACAACGAGAACGAGGCCAUCUUCCAGAUGGUGCACCAGCGUCAGGAGAUGUGGGAUCGAAUGCUAGCGCUCGAGAACAAAUCGAACGAUCCGACACGGUACAACAACCGGGGCGGCAAGCUGCUCGAUGAGGAAAAGGAACGGCGGCGGAUCAGCUGCCAGCUGCCCAAGAUUGAAGCCAAGCUGCUGGAGGCUUGCAAGCAGUACGAGGAAGAAAACGGGCGUCAAUUUACGGUGCACGGCACGGCCGUGCAAGAUCUGAUCGAGCAGCAAUGGAAACAGCGCGAGGAAAGCAAGCAUCAGAUUUCGAGCGCUCGGAAGAAAGCGAACGGGCUGCUCGGCAUUUCGUCGGUUGGGCGCACACCGAACCGCGGCGGUGAAUCGAUGAUCAAAUCAUCCUCCAUUAUGAGCAGUAAUCGUUCGCGCCUGGUAGGGGCCGGUGGAGGUUCCGCCAUGAAAGCACCGAUCACACCACUGCUAGCACGCUCCGCAACCAAGUCUGGCCCGUGGUUAAAGCGUAAGCUGGCCACACCGACCAACAGCACCAGUACGAUGCACGCGAAACGAUCGCUUCUCCGGGAGCUAAACAGUCCGGUGCCUGGACCUUCGUCCGCUAGCAAUCGAACGGGAACCGGAACCAAGCUUACGAUCGCGAAGGUUGCACCGGGGAAAAUACCCGCCAUCAAGGUGUACGACAGCAAGGCGGGAGGAUCGGUCGCACAGAAACGGCGAUCACGCCGAAAGUCACAGGGCAAACGACGUAGCGUAUCGAUCGCCAAGGUCCCGUCGGUCAUUGUAAGCUCGACCGAAGGAACCAUUCUACAGGAAUCGAUGUGCUAUGAAAAGAUCGAGAACUUCUUCGACAACAAUGUCCCGAACCGUUCGUCGGUCGUGCCCGAGAAGCAGCAGUCGCGCCGCAUUACCCGUUUGCAUCAACAUCGCAUGAUUGAACCGUUGAUCAAGCUGCCCACGACGGAGAGCAGCUUUACCGAGGGCGAAGAAAACAUUGAACCGGUCGCAUCUGCGCCACUUCCACCAAUGUCAACGGGGGCAGGUGUCCCCGUUAGCUUUUCCCACUCACCUGCCGCAUCAUCCACCCUGCUGCUGCGAUCACCCGGUGCUGUCGGUACGAGCCACUCGACGUCGAUCGCAGGCAAUAGCACGCGGCUCGGUGCGGGCUCUAGACGGUUAAAGCCAGCCGCUAAAAAUUGUCCCAUCAUUUUCUAACUUCCAUUCGUCCGUCCGUUCAGCAUAGCAUAGUUUGUGUAAUUUUUUAAGGCUAAAGGCAAGCGUUUUUUUAUAUCAGAACGUUCAAACGACGCAUACAGUUGAGCGAAUUCGAAUGAAAAAAUUAAAAUCGCUAAUGAAAGGUAGCUGGUCGAAGCUGCUCCAGCCAAAUCGUCGGUGUACGUUCAGCAGCACUACGAGAGCACAACACAAAAAUGUGAAAAGGUCUUUCAACCAGACAGUCGAUUCACAUACUGUACAAAGAUGUUGUUAUUACUAAUAUUAUUUUGUUUGUUUUUGUCAAGGAGAACACAUUUAUAUCGUUUACAGUCGAACGUUUUCUUGAACAAGAACUGGUCGCGGACCUUGCUCUCUCUCUCUUUUACAUUAUUUUUGCAUACAAUUCCUCAUUCACUCAUCUGAUACACGCUUCGAGUUAGGGAAUAGAGUGUAAGUUUAACAAAAUUUUACGCAAUUGUCGGAACAACAUCAAUUUAAUUUACUGUUGAAGAAAAAUAAAUAUGGAAUCAACUAACCGAAAGAAUGA